CUAUAAUCCCUAAAGCAUUGGAGGUCACGCCGAAAGCACACAACAGCACACCCUAUUCCUAUACCCUCCCACAUAUACUCCCACCCACCACACCGCACUCUCCCUUCCCCAUGGCAUGCAUCAACAUGUUCAACGACCACCAAGCCUCCGGUUUCUGCGGAGCCCCCCCGCCAAUCAGCCCUCGCAUCUCCUUCUCCAACGACUUCGCCGUCGAGCCGCCGCCAGCUCCGUCGCAAAAGAGCUCCGCUCAGCCCGAUCCCAACUUUGAGUUCGCUGUUGGCGGCCGGCCUAUGAUCGCCGCCGACGAGUUAUUUUUUAAAGGGCGAAUGCUUCCUCUGCGCGACACUUGUCCGCCGCAAGGAGCGGCGGCGGGAAGGCUUACAACUCUCCGCGAUGAGCUACGCGGCGAAGGUGAGGACUGGAGUCGGCCGCCGAAGGGGUCGCCGAGGUGGAAAGAGUUUUUGGGUUUCAGAAGGGCUUACUGCGGUUCGUCGGGUAGGAAGACCGAUAAGGCUGAUCAACGAUCUCCGGCCGCCGGAGCGCCGACGAAGUUUGCACAGUGAAGGGAAAUGGAGGGAGAGCAAGUGAGGAGGAUGUAGAGAUAGAUCAUCUGGAAUACUGAAGGUCUGGUUGCAUGCAUGCAGUACGUAGAUGGAAGAAAUUUAAUGGAACUUCUUCUUGUUCUUCUUCUUACUGUUCUUCUUGUGAAGAGGACUUUGUAGUUGACCAGAGGAGAAGUUUUUUCUUCUUUUAUUUUAUUUUUAUUUAUUUUCUUACCUUUUUUUUUUUUUGGGAUUUUGAGGUCAUGAUGGGUUACUGAAGAAGGGUGAACAGAUUUGACUCUCACUGAUCUGUAUCUUCAGAGGGCAAGAACUGAAAUUGUUUGUUAAUUUUGCAAAUUCUAAGUUUUUUUUUUUUUUUUUUGGGUUUUGGUAGGAGUGGAAGAGAAAGUGGUGGUGUUCAGCUGUAAUGGUUUGUUUUUAUUUUAUUUUUUAAAAAAAAUUUAAUUUUGGGUUGUGUACAAAAGUUUGUAGUUAGGAGGAAACUUUAAUGUGUGCUGAGUUUUUGAAUGAAUACAGAUCUGUGGGAGGAGUACUUAAGAGAUCCUUUAUUAAUUGCUUGGAUCUUGCAGAUAUGUUUGGGCGCUUUUGGGUGGUUUGCAGUGCUUCUUUUGUCUCUUUAGGGUUCAAUGCUGAAUGGAGAGAACUACUGAGAGAGAAGAGAGGGUGGAUGAAAACAGUAAUAUGAUUCUCAAUAAUGUAUGUUGUAUGCAUCCCUUCCUCUGUGUAUUUAGCUGCAUGCCACUGCAUAUUUUGAGCUAGCUUUUCAAACAUUUA